CAUAGACUGGGUCCACACAAAAGGUUCUCCCACUCCCGCCCUGACACCCGAGAAAAAGCUUUCUUUUUCUGAGUCACUUCACUUCCACCUCUUUCCCUUUCUCCCGCAUCAAAUACCUUUCUUUCUCUCUGUUUUGUUCGACCUUUUUAUUAUUUCUUCUUCUUCUUCUUCUUCUUCUUCUUUUCCCAUUUCCUCCUCCUCCUCUCUGACCCCUUCUCCUCCUCUUCCCGAGCUACGACCCCUUCCACAAAAGGUGUCUCCUUUUCCCCCACUUCCCCUCCUCACAAUCGCGGUUUUGUGAGGGUUUCACGCGGCGGAGCCACUGCCGCAAUCCCAGCGCCGCGCCGGGUUGUUCUCGAUGCUUCGUCGCCCUCCGAAGUAGCCGAAUCCGUGAGCACUCAACCAUUGUUCUCUUCGAUCGAGAUGGAAGAACCAAUAAUGGAGAAAUCCGAGCAAACGGAGCAGGUUGGGCAAUCAGUUGAUGAACCCAUGUCAUCGAGAAGUAACACUUUUUACGGCAACGAUUUGGCUUCACAGGAGAAAGUCCUUCUUGAAGAGAUGGAGUCUUACUGGGAGGAUCUGAGUUCUCGGUUAACGGUGUCGAGGAUGGUGAGCGACUCCGUUAUCAGAGGAAUGGUAAAUGCGGUGGAGGAGGCCAGUGAAGAACUCGCAUCUAAGGAAGCGGUAAUAGCGAUCUUGAACCAAAAGUUGCAGCUUUGUGAGGCUAAUGCUGCGGGAGUGGAUGAAGGGUGCCACCGCUCAUCAGAGGCAUCGGCGAAUGAGCAACUUUGGGAAGAUGAGCUUGAAAGAAAGAUCACUGGCAUUAUCUUUUGUGAUUUUGUUAGGAGCCUUAAGGAUGAGUUUGAGAGAAAACUUGAGCAAAGAAGUUUCGGGGAAAAAUCAUCCCAUAGUUUCCACAAAAGGGUUGAUGAACUCUCUGCUAUUAGCCAACAGCUCAAAACCGUAUUGGAGUUCUACCCCAGUUCCGAGUUUGGGUUUCUUGAAGGUCUGGAAGAUAGCAGUAUCUCUAAAAAGAGGGAACAAUCUCCAUGGAAGGUAUUGGGAAAUCACCAUUCGACGCAUGCAUCCCGUACUGAGGAGAAUGGUAAUGAGUCAAUUGAGAACUCCAAGGAGUUGCGAGAAGAUAUGCAUCUUGCCUUUCCACUGCUAAAACGCAUGAAUAAGGAAGAAGUAAUUGAUUUUUUUAAGAAUGAAAUAAAAAAUAUGAAAAUGCAGCAUGAUAAAGCACUGCAAGAGCUGAUAGAAGAGGUGUUUAGCCUAAAGAGGGAACUCCUGAAGGAAAAGGGCUCUACCCAUCCUAUACAGUUCCGAAAAGAUAAGGAAACUGAGCUCGUGAGGAAAAAUAUCUUUAAUCUCAUCUCAAAGUUGGAUGAUAUCCUGUUGGAGGAUGAAAAGUUGACUUCUAUUAAAUAUGAGCAAGAGUCAUUAGACAAUCUAAAAGAGCAGACCGAUUCAUUACUUAUUGAAAAUCAAAGAUUGCGAGAUUUAAUAGCUGAUAGAGAAAAAGAUGCAGACAGCGAGAAGCAAAUUUCAGAUUAUUCAUCUCCGGAGACAGGCUAUCUGGAGCAAAUUAGGAAGCUUGAAUUGGAAAAUGAAGAUAUUCAGAUAGAAUCCUUCAUUAGAGACGACACCCAAAAGAUUCUUUUGAAAGAGCUACUCGGAGAACUCAAAAUGGACAUUCACGGUUUUCAGAUGGAGUCAAAGAUGCAGCAGGACUUUCACUCUUUUGUACAUAAAAGUAUCCUAGCAAGUACAAUUUCAAGCAUUAGCACUGCUUUGCUUAAUUCUUACGAGGAAAAGAAUUUGAUCAAAGCGGCACUAUUGGAGAAGGAGAAUGCACUAUUUUCAGAAAUUGAAGAAUGCAAGAAACUGAAGCAGGCACUGGAUUCCUUCUCAAAACUGGUGAGAGAAAAGGAGCUACUUGCAUCGGGGAUGGAGUCCAAGGUGACGCAACAAAAAGGGCAGCUUGACUUAGUAUUGCGCGAAAUCGACAUACUAAGAGACAAAGUCAAUGAACGAGAUUUGUAUAUUUCUGAGAGCAAGAGAGAAUUCAAUUUGAUGGUCAGUAGAUUGGAAGAGGCUUUACAAAAUGCUCGCCAAUAUGAAGUGAGGUUAAGUGAAGCAAAUCAGAAACUUAAGGACAUUUCUGACUCUGUACAGGAAGCCGAGAUACAGAAGAACCUUCUAAAUGCUGUUAUUGCGGAGAAGCAGAAUGCACUAGUAUUGGCUGCCGCAAAGGAAGAAGAGCAUGAAAAGUGGAUGAAAUCUAUAACUGUUUUCAUGCAAGAGUUUUCAAAAUCUCUUGUCGAUUGUGAAUCCAGAUUAGUUAAUUACCUUGAGUACAUCGAGUCGAGGUUUCUGGCUCUGAAGGAUCAAUUUAACCAACUUGUGAAACAAGCAAACUUUGUUAAAAGGAAGACACAGUGGUACAAGGAAUUAUUUGAAAUAAGUUCAUCUAAUCUUCGGAAGGCAGAAAUUGAGGUUGAUCUGCUUGGAGAUGAGGUUGAUGCUCUAACGCAUCUUCUUGACAAAGUAUAUGUCGCACUCGACCAUUAUUCUUCAGUACUACAGCACUACCCAGGAGUUGUGGACGCUUUGGAAAUGAUCAGAACAUAUCUGAAAGGAAAUUCUAAAUAAUCAGUCUGAUUAGUUGAUUUUGAGCCAGAUUACGGGAUGGCGAACUUAUUUCAAAGAAGCAUACCCGUUAUGUGGAAGCUUAUAUCGCGGAGUCGAACAUUUGCUUUGUUCAUCAGCUCUGGAUCCUUCAGGCCUUCAUACUAAUGAUGACUAAAUCCGUUCGAUUUUGGUACAUCUGAUGAAAGAAAGGGACCAUGUCCUGAGUAUGACUUUCGCAAAGUUCAGUGCAUGCCGUUGUGUGAAUGCGGGACCGACGAAAGCGGUCUGUUGUGAAAGCUGACCAAUUUUGAGAAUCUUGUCUAUGAAAUAGCAGUACACAAUAGCUUUGAGGAUUAUGCAAUGUAAUCUUGUAACUUUAGUACGUUUUGUUUUUGGUGUUCCUUGUUUUCUGUUGUAAAAAAAAUUCUGUUGAAUAAUAGUGAUCUGAGUUUUGCUACUGGACUCAACUAUCCAA